CUGACACCUCAUACCCAUUCGCACAUCGCUACCCUUCACCAUCCCCCCAACAUUGGCUGGCCGUCUCCCACGACGCCGGCUGCUGGAUGCCGCCGCUUACAUGUCCCUCGCGGUCAUCCUACGCCAUGGUCUCCGCCUCCUGGUUCCCCUGGCGGUAGCCUCGACUCUUUACCUCUACCUUUACCCAGUAUUUCUAGGAUGCGCCUUUCCCCUCCCCGCGACGGCUCGCCACGGCAGUACCGGCAAGGACUCCUCUAGUCCCGUCGGCGAGACCGUCGGCGAGACUGCCGACGACUGGUCUGCCUUCUUCGAAGCGGCACGGCAACACCUCCUCCCCCUGCCCGUGCCUUCGCCCACCGGUGCGCGUCCGGCCCCCUUCCGCCUGCUCGCCCUGGGAGAUCCCCAGCUCGAAGGCGAUACCUCGAUUCCCAACCUGACUGGUCCCCGUCUCCCGCAUCUUACGAGAGCCAUCGAACGCCUCACAUCGAAGACGUCCCCCGAUUCCCUGCCCGACCGUGUCCGCCAUGCUCUACACGACUGGGUCGACUUCCUCUUCGAAGACAUCCCGACCGAGGUGGGAUCGCUCCGGAAGCGCAUCGACCUCUUCGGCAACGACUUCUACCUCGCCCACAUAUAUCGUACCGUCCACUGGUGGACCAAGCCGACCCACGUCGCCGUGCUGGGCGACCUGGUCGGGAGCCAGUGGAUCAAGAACGACGAGUUUGACCGCCGAGGCCGCCGCUACUGGCACCGCGUGUUCCGCGGCGCCGAGCGCGUCCCCGACCGGCUAGCCGCCUACCCGGCCAUGGAGUACGAGCUGUCCGCCUACCUGGACGACGAGGACGCCGCCACGGCCCGCUGGUCGCGCCGCGUCAUCAACGUGGCCGGCAACCACGACAUCGGGUACGCCGGCGACAUCAACCGGGAGCGCUUUGACCGCUUCGAGCGCGUCUUCGGCAAGGCCAACUACGAGCUGCGCUUCGAGCUGCCGGUGCGCGACCCGGCCGUCAACGCGACGCUCUUCGACGGCAAGGCCAAGACCAACCUCGAGUCGGAACGCCUCGCGCCCGAACUCCGCGUCGUGGUCCUCAACUCGAUGAACCUCGACACCCCGGCGUCCGACGCCCGGCUGCAGGACGCGACCUACGCGUUCGUCAACGACGUCAUCCGCACCUCCGCCGCCGUGGAGUUCGACGGCACCUUCACCCUCGUGCUGACCCACAUCCCGCUCCACAAGCCCGCGGGCGUGUGCGUCGACGCGCCGUACUUCUCCUUCCACCCGGCCCGGUCCGGCGGCGUCGGCGGCGGCGGCGUCAAGGAGCAGAACCAGCUCUCGGCCGACGCGACCAGGGGGUUCCUGGAAGGCAUCUUCGGCAUGAGCGGCGACCCGGACGCCCGUGGCCGCGGCAGGGGCCGUCCCGGCGUCAUCCUCAACGGCCACGACCACGAAGGGUGCGACUCUUACCACUUUAUCCGGCAGGCGAAGGACGACGACGACGGGAACAGCCGCUCCUGGGAGGCGGCGCGCUGGCCUGACGCGGUGACAAACGGUACCGUGGGCCGAGACGACGUGCCGGGUGUCCGGGAGAUCACGGUCCGCAGCAUGAUGGGCGAUUUUGGCGGGAAUGCCGGGUUGCUGAGCGCUUGGUUUGACGAGGAGAGCUGGAGCUGGAAGUUCGAAUACGCCACGUGCGCGCUGGGGAAGCAGCACUUUUGGUGGGUGGUUCAUGUUUUGGACCUUGUCACCGUUGCCGUGGCCAUCGCCUAUGCUGUCUUGACCAGGCUGGCUGGUGGUGGGAGGGAGCAGAACGCCGGGGGAAAAGGUAGCCAGGGCGGUUCUCGCUCUGCGACGAGGUCUCCCUCCCAGACGUUUGGGGGCACCGGGCUCAAGGGGACACUCAACGGGACACUCAACGGGAAGACCGCUUCCGUUGGAAAGGAGGCAGAAUUGGCCAAGACGCCGUAGCGUUUGCUACGUUCCGAGUUGUACAUUAGCGUAUAUGUGUAUAGAUAUAUAUAUCCUACGAUUACCUGCAUAGGGUACUAAUAUGAGACGGUCU